AUGGUCUCAGGGAGCGUGGACCCAGCUGAAGAUCGGUCGGGUGGCGAGGAGGCGAGCCUACAAGAAGAAGAUGUGCCGAUACCGCAGGAGCGGCAGGGCGACAACAGCGCUAGUGAGGUGUCGCCGAUCAGUGAUGAACGACUCCUGGCCCAUCGACUCACUAACUUCAUCUCUACAAUGGAGCUCAUCCGACCGGACAUUCUCCGAGCAAUUCCCGUAUCCCUGGUGGUUCAUCUUAUUCCUUGGUAUUGGUGGCGAGGCCUUCCAAUGGUUUCUCUGAGUAAGGUAACGCAUGGGAUUGACGAGUUCAUUUCCCAUUGCUGGCAAGCGGCUGCGUGGCAGAAGUAUAUCAACAUAUUGCUCCUGUAUCAGGCUCUUCCAGCAUUUGGCGUGGCUACGUUCUUUGCAAUCAUCGCGUUUGUACUCUACGCUCUUGAUAUUUUGCCAGCGUCAGAUGUGACGACACUGAAGUCCGCAUGGUGCCUUGGGUCGGGAGUGGGAGCCUUCUAUCUUGCUCUGCUGUUGAGUUAUCGCCGGUCGAUGGUGUUCCUGGACCUGGCAUGCAUACAUCAAGAGGACCGCCGACUGAAGGCUGAAGGCAUUCUCAGCAUGGGUGGAUUCCUGAAAAGGUCGAAAUCCAUGCUAGUACUAUGGGGCGGAAGAUACGUGCAAAGGCUGUGGUGCGUGUUUGAACUGAGUGCCUUCAUACAUAGCCAUGGCGAACGUGCAAGCAUUCGAAUGUGCCCUCCACUCUUGGGCCCGACGCUGCUGGGUGGGCACUUUGCGUUUAGCGUGGGUUCCCUCCUAUUGCUGAACUGGCACUGGGAAAGGGAAGGCUUGGACGUGGGGCGGGCUCUUUUUGGCCUUGUCUGCGUGCCGGCGUUUACAUUCGCAGUGCACUCCGUGAGGGCAUAUUUUCGGAGCAUCGACCUGCUUGACAAGCAACUUCGACAGUUCUCGAUCAGUGAGUGUCAAAGUAGCUGCUGUGAGGCCGAACAUCCAAACGGAAUGUCUUGCGACCGACAGGUGCUGUUGAGCUGUAUCUCCAAGUGGUUUGGAUCCGUACAGGCGUUCGAGCUAUGUGUGCAAUCCGACGUACGUGCCCGGAUGGUCCACCAGUUGGCAAACGAUACCCUUACCUAUCCGCGCAUCUUGUUGGCCGCCAGUCCUGCACUAUUCGCCUUGAUGGACCUUAUCAUAUGGUUCAACACAGAGAUCUACUGGUUAAUGGUGGAGCUGUACCGGCCGCUUUCGUACUGGCUGGGCGUGUUCCCCUUCGUGAUAAAGUUGGUGUUUCACAUCAGCCACAGGCUAAGAGCCCGGCUAUGCACAAUGUGCCUAGACAUCCUACUCUCCUUGACCAUUGUUGUCUUUGCAAUCUCUCUUUUUCUGGGGAUCAAUCUUGUUGAGGAGAUUUACCUGAGGCAACUGCUACCCAACCAUUUGCAUGCCUCGCUGGCUUUCCUCAGCAUUUGUAUCCUCUUGGCCGCACUGUCGUGGUGCUGCAUGCCUCGGAUUCGGUACUAG